CUGUUCAUGCGUUGUACUCAAAUGGCUGCAUUAGUUCGUUCCUGCAAAUUUUGUGCUGACCUUGCGCUGUCGUGUUAUGGACCACUUGGCAGGCUCAAAGCACUCAAGGCCGCUCCUAAUACCCCCGCCAGCGUGUUUACCUCCACGAGUGGCCCCUUGUUCCAGGGCGUGCGCCCAACGCACCCGUUUGAGCAGCUGCUGGCGUCUGGGACAGCGCAGGCACAGCAUGCACAGUUCGGUGAUGGGGGUCUGUCAUGCACCUUCCUCGCGGCCAGGCUCGUGCAGGCGGCACUGCAGGGGGCGUCCACACGCCGGGAUAUCCACGAGGCUUGCUGUACCCUGCAGGCAGUCGGGGACAGGCUACAAGAGUCCUUAGCUGGUAUUGCAAGCUCCGUGCCUCAGGACUGUUCGCUAAAGCAACUCCUGGGCCUGUGCCGAGGCGUCGUGCGGCCCAAACUGGGUUGCCUGCUUGACGACGGCGAGCUGGAGCAGCUAGUGGCGCUACUGGUGGAGGCCUUCGUGCUCACCCUGCCAGACGCGCACCCUGCCGGCGACCCGACCGCAGUGCCGCCUGCCAUGCGUGUGGCGCUGCACACGCUCCGGGGGGCACCCUUGGGCGACAGCCGCGUGGUGAGGGGCGUGGUGCUGCCGGCUGACGACCUGCCGCCGGGCGCCCUGCGUCUGCUGCGGCCCGCUGAGCCGGCGGGUGCGGGUGCUGCAGACGCCGCGGGUGCCGGCGGGUUCGCGGUUGGGGAGGUGGGCUUGCUGCUGUUCAGCGGGGCGCUGGACACGCGCGCGAGCCAGCAUGACAGUACCGCGCCAGCGGCUGCCGCCGGUGCUGUGGUGGUGGUGCAGGAGCAGAGCACGGCGGCGCAAGAUGACGUCGAGGAUGAGGAGCUGGAGCGGCUGGUGGAGGCGCUCAGCCAGCUGCUGAGCUGCAUGCGGGAUGUGCGGCUUCUGAUGUGUCAAAAGGGCAUUCACCCGGCAAUCCAGGCAUGGCUUCUCUCCAGGGGCGUCGUCCCCGUACAGCGGCUGGGGACCGCCUGCGUCUCCUCCCUGUCGCUGGCUAGCGGCUGCGUCCCGCUGGAGGGCCUCCUAGACGUGACGAGCGUUGCCCCAGGGCGUGGCUUCUGCCAUGUCACUGUUGACGUAGAGGCUAUCAAUGGAGUACAGCUGGUGAAGGUGCAGUCCGCGGCUGCUAGCAGGCACACCUCGUGUGCAGCGGCAACACUAGUUCUGGGCUGUCCGUCGGAUGCGGUCAUCGAACAUAUCAAGCACGCGACGGAGAGCGCACUAAAGCUGCUCCGCGUUACCAUGGGGCAGGCGCCUGCUGCCGUGCCUGGGUGCGGCUUCACUGAGCAGUCACUUGCCAAGGACCUUGAAGAAUGGUCGACCAAGAUUCCAGGACACACGGGCCGACAGGUGACACUUAUCAAGGCAACGGCACAGGCACUUCGGGACAUUGCUCGUGCAUCCACGCCACAAGAGUCAGAUAGACUGGUACAAGGGAGUUUACAUCUCGCCGUUUGCAACAGCCACAAGAUCAUCUUCGACUCAUACCCGUGCAAAGCAGCAGCCCUCCAACGAGCGGUCUAUGUGGCUAUACAGCUCGCUAAGCUGUCAUGCCAGAGCUUGUAAGGUCUAGAAAAGGCUA